CUUGGCGUGAUCGUAUAUUUAAGUUUCUCUUCCUUGUCAGAUGGGAAUGAGAUAGAUUAAAUAGUUUUAAAUUAUUGUUCCACUGAUUGAAACCGACCAGUAGAGACACACUGUAGAAAAGGGAAAAGACAGCGCGUUAGCCCUUGCGUUAGUGCGUUGCUCCAGCGUUCAGUUGCGAAGUAGACGCAGUAGUGAGCAAAAACGUUUUUCACCAUGUGAGUGGUGGCAUAAAAUGUCUGCACAAACACGGAUGUGCAACUUCACUGACUCCAGGCAGAGAACGGCACUCUGGCUCGCACUCCGGCUUUAGACUUGAGGAUUGGAGCAAACGAGGAUAGCAAAUGGCCUCACAGUGGUGGAAGCGUUUCCCCCUGCUGGAGGAUAACGGUACUCUGCAUAUGGACAACAGCUGUUUUAGUGCCACCCAGAGCACUGUGCUGGUGGGAGUGCAGUUUGGAGGAGUACCCAUAGUUCUGCUGCUUGACUUUAUUGUCUUCCUGAUACUGCUGCUAAUGUUUUCAUGCAUCAGAAGGAAACUUUGGGAUCAUGGGAGACUGGCACUAGUAGCAGAGGCUGAAGGGUUCAGUGACGUUUCUAGACGUCGCUACGGUAGGAUGACAUCAUUCAUGUCCACUGAGGAACCUGAUUAUGAGAGGGGAUUUUGUUCUUGGCUCACCUUCAUCAUCCGAAUGGAUGAACCAAUGGUGAAAGAGAAGUGUGGGAUGGAUGCUGUACAUUAUUUGUCCUUUCAGCGCCAUCUCAUCAUUCUGCUGCUCCUCAUGUGUGUGCUGUCUGUCUCUGUCAUCCUCCCAGUGAACUUGUCUGGAAACCUGCUGGGGAGUGAUCCUUAUAACUUUGGCAGAACAACCAUUGGAAAUCUUAAGCAGGGAGAUAAACUGCUUUGGCUACACACAGUAUUUGCGGUUCUGUACCUCAUCCUCACAGUGGCGUUGCUGAGGCACCAUACCUCAUCAAUGAAGUGUACCAGGAGGGAGACAGCCAGAUCAACAUUGUUUGUAUGCUUCAUCCCCCUCACAGCCAAAGAGGAGAGUUUAAGGAUACACUUCACAGAGGCUUACCCAAGAUGCACUGUGACUGAUAUUCGUCUCUGCUACGAUGUGAGGAAGCUCAUCUACCUGACAACAGAGAGGAAGCGAGCAGAGAAAAACCUGCGAUAUUACAGCAAGGUCUUGGAACGCUACGGGAGGCAGGAGGUCAUCCACCCCAGGCCAUGUGGACAUCUCUGCUGCUGUUGCACAUGCCGAGGAUGCGAAGGGGUUGAUGCUAUGGAGUACUACAGUUCUCAGGUGGCUUGCCUGGACAAGAAUUUGAAUAGUCACAUAGAGGAAAAUGCACAGCGUCCACUGGGAAUGGCUUUUGUCACACUGCAGACUGAAUCCAUGGCAGCUCACAUCCUGAAGGACUUCAAUGCUUUGGAAUGCAGAACGGGUACUGGGGAGAUGAAUGGUGAGCGUAUGGUCAGGGGAGGAAGAUACUGCUGUGGUGGAGAACCUCAGUCUUCAUCUACUAGUGAACACCUGAAAGUGAAGAAGUGGAGAGUGAGCUAUGCCAGCCAUCCUAACAACAUCUACUGGGAAAAUCUGUCGGUGAAGGGGUUGUGUUGGUGGUCUCGAUGUCUGCUGAUCAAUAUCUUGCUCUUCAUCCUGCUCUUCUUCCUCACCACUCCGUCGAUAAUCAUCUCCACCAUGGACAAGUUUAAUGUCACAAAGCCUAUCUAUUACCUAAACAGUGCUGUUAUCAGUCAGUUCUUCCCGACUUUGUUGCUGUGGUCCUUCUCAGCACUGCUGCCUACUAUAGUCUAUUAUUCCACACUGUUGGAGGCCCAUUGGACCAAGUCGAGUGAGAACAUGAGUAUGAUGUAUAAGCUCUACAUCUUCCUGCUUUUUAUGGUGCUCAUCCUGCCAUCGCUGGGCCUCACCAGUUUGGAUGUGUUUUUCCGUUGGCUCUUUGAUGAGCAGUCAUCACGGAAGCUGAGGUUUGAGUGCGUGUUUUUGCCAGACCAGGGUGCUUUCUUUGUGAAUUACGUGAUUGCUGCUGCGUUUGUGGGCUCCGGGAUGGAGCUGCUGCGGUUACCAGGGUUACUGCUCUAUGCAGUGCGCAUGGCCUUCGCACGCUCAGCCGCAGAGAGGAAAUACGUGAAACAGAAUCAAGCAUACGAGGUUGAAUAUGGCGCCAUGUAUGGAUGGACCCUGUGUGUCUUCACAGUCAUCGUCGCCUACAGCAUCACCUGUCCUGUUAUAGUACCAUUCGGCUUUCUGUACAUGAUGUUAAAACACCUGGUGGACAAACACAAUCUGUUCUUCGCCUACUUGCCUGCCUGCCUCGAUCAACAGGUGCACAUGGGAGCUGUCAAUCAAGCCCUUGCUGCACCAAUCAUCUGCCUGUUUUGGCUAUACUUCUUUUCUGUCCUGAGGGCAGGUUUCAUGGCUGUUACUUCUCUCUUCACGUUGGUGGUUCUGUGUGCAGCGAUUUUCAUUGGCAUUGGUUAUACCUGCUUUGGUCAUUUCAAAUACCUCAGUCCUCAUACCUAUGCUGUUAAGGGGGAAGAUAAGGAGCCAAUUGAUGAAGCUUCAGAAAGUUCCACUAACUUGGUAUACCUUCCUAAGGUUUUGAAUCCUGACACUGCCUCUGAGUCAUCGGGUGGGUUCAGCCCCCAUCGUUCCUACGGCACCACUGACAUAAUCCCGACCUUCAUUAGCACUGAGGAAGAGCUGCAGGAUUCUGAUAAUUAACAGUGCCAUCAAUCAAGAGAUUUAAAGAGUCAAACACUAGUCUGACUUUCAUGGCACUGACAGUAUCAGGCAGGGCUGGUACUGGAGAGGUGUGCGGGGUUAAGACUGAUACUGGGCAGGCGGGGUCAAGGCUGGCACUGGAGAAAUACUAAUUUGGGACAAUCUCAGACUAAUCUGAGUUCAGGUGGAUCCACACUGACUUUCAGAGGGAGGACAAAGAACCUUUCAUUAAAGGGACCAUGAAUUAAAACACAACUGUCGAUCUAAUGGUUCUGGGGCUCUUCAGGAACAAAGCCAUCUUACCAAAGACCUUGCACAUUCACUUGGUCCAGUGAAGGGUGGGUCAGAAAUGGAGCUUCAAAUAUGCCGCUUUAUGUAUCUUUUGACAACGAAGUACCACCUAAUGAAUGACUGUUGUUUAUUGUUCGUCAAAUAAUGCUU